AUGGCAGCCGAAGCCUACGGAGCCGCUGCGGUUGCUCCUGGCCUCGGUGCUGGGGGACCCCCGCCAUGGCAGGCUCCCGGCCCCACCCAGCCCGGGCACACAUGGCCACCCCAGAAGGUGGCCCAGCCCGGGCUCCUGGCUUCCUGCCGGCACCAGGAGAAGCCCUGGAGGAGGAGCAGCCUUCUCAAGGAGCUGGCCGCCUUCCACAUCAUCAUCGCUAUGCUGCACCUGGCCUUUGGGGGUUACCUGGCCGCCACCGUCAAGAGCCUUCACCUGGUGGUGCUGAAGUCUUGGUUUCCAGUCUGGGGGGCUGCCUCUUUUCUCAUUUCAGGGUUCUUGGCGAUGAUAGUGCAGACCUUUCCUAAAAUACAUCUGAAGGUCUUGUGCGUGACGGCGAACCUCGUCAGCCUCCUCUGCGUGCUGGCCGGCCUCUUCGUCAUGACCAAGGACCUCUUUCUGGAGAGCCCGUUCGAGGCCCCCAUCUGGAGACCGUACCCCUACUCCACAGUCUUCAUCCAGAGGCUGGAGCUGGCCUUGCUCUGCUUCACCUUCCUGGAGCUCUUCCUGCCGGUGCCCACAGCUGUCGUAGCCUACAGGAGGGACCGCCAGUCUGCAGAGGACGACGAUUUGUCCCUGAUUCCCAGCACACCGCUGGAGCACAGGGGGCUGUCGGCGGGGCCUCUGCCGACCUAUGAGGAUGUGACUCAAGGCACACACCAGACGAUCAAAAUCGGAGAGGAAGAGAUGCCGGGCCCACAGGCGGCUGCGGGGGAGCCAGACGAGGUCCUCGGAGCUGGGGGAGGCACGGUCUCUGGGGGGAACUUGCGUGUCUGAAUCCCUGGAUCUGGGGUAGGUGCAGCUGGGGAGCUGAGUCAAAUAGAAUGCGCCUUUUUGCCUGCCUGGGCCUCAGUGCCUCCAUCUGUAAAAUGGGGAGGGCAGUGGCUGAAGCAGUCCAGGAGCCUCCCAGCUCGAAAGCUCCAGGACCAGGAGUCAAAUUCAAGGGUCUGGUUGUGACGUCUGAGGGCACCAGCACACCUUCACCUUGGAAUUCCAACCCUACUUGUGCUGGGUAAACCAGGGGAGGGAGAGAGACCUGCCUUCCUCCCACCCCAGAUUCCAGCCGCCUGAGGAUAGUAUUUGGGAUUUUUGCUUUUUGCAGACUGUACUGUAUUCUUUCUCUUUCUUUAAAUGGAUUCGUUUCUCUAUAUGAAUUUAAAGAGGCACUUUGUAGCAGCAAAAAAUAAAAUAAAAUAAAA